AUUGUUGCUUGCAGGUUGAGUAGCCUGGAUAGCAUUUAACACGGAAGAAACUUGAAAGAAGAAGAAAGAAACAUGUCUGCUUCCAACAUGUUACGCCGUAUUUCAUCCGCUGUAACUAAAUUCGAAAAUUCUAUUGAAAGUUUGCUACAACAGUUCCUACCACCAGGACCUGGGUUCGCCUUAGCUGGGGUGGAACAACCCUUCACUAAACUACCCGGAAUAUGUUUCCCAAGUGCGAAAAAAAUUUGGGAAGAUGCUAUCCUUGCUGCAGUACCAAGAAACAGAAGAUCCAUUGAAAGACGGCUAACAAGACGUUUUGGAAAUCCUGAUUAUCAUUAUAAAAUGAUAUUUAUGAAAAAGAAUUUGCAGUCCUGUGCCACAUGUGGCAAUUUCCAUGAACCUGGUCUACUGUGUCCUCACUGUUACAGCAAGGUUAUUCAAGAAACAAAAGAAAUCAGUGAUAAAAUUCAAGAAACUUUGAAAUUAGAACCUAUUGAAAAAGAUGUGAUAGUUCUGUAUGAAAAUGACAAAGUAUCUCCAGAAUUCUUUGAGGGAAAGAGAAUUGUUGAGAUGGAGAAGCCAAGGCCUCAGUGGUUCUCCAGCAAUCUUAUGCAGCCCAGCACCCAGGAACCUGAUGAGGAUGCCAAAGAGGUGAAGCCAAAAGACUUGGCUUAAAUAUACCUUUAUCACCUUUAGAGCUUACAGACUGGUAGUGUAUUAUGAUUAUCCCACUGUUAUGGUUUAGAAUAUGAAGUAAUUAUCACUGUCUUCAUAUUGGCAAGGAAUGUCAAUAAAUUACUUUCUGCGCCUAA